AUGUCAGAAAUGCAAGAAGACGAGCCUAUUGACGCGCGCCAUCCUCCUAUCCCGGACGGGCUCUCUCCAGAUAGCGUCGUCGGAAUCAUCACAGUUCACGACCCCAAAGCUUUCCACGCAAACCACAACACAGCCUAUAGGAAGUCGCGUUUGAGGUCUCCACGAGCCGGCGGCGAGUGGUCCUUAGACGGCUGCCAUGUCUUUCUUCAUCUCGUCCAAGGUCAACCCUGCUACACCAUAGGCCUGUCCAAACUCGAGAGCCCGCAGCCUCCGGCUUGCGAUGUGUACCUCCCUGACGAUGGGGCCAGCCUGCUUCUGUUCGGAAUCGUACCAGUCUGGAAGAACGGCAGCUGGCGAUUGCAGUCCGCUUCUGAGACUAUCACGGAGGUGAACGGUGCGCCCAUUCAAUUCAGCGAUCCGCAUGCACAAAACCAGUUUCCACAAGCCAUCUAUCUGCGGCAGAACUUAGUCAACCACGUCUUCGUCAACGGCUUGCGAGUCGACAUCUUCAUGUUAAAGGCGGUACGAGAACUCUACGCGAUGGAUGCAUUCUUGCCUUCAGAGCUGCAUCCCCAGCUACAAGAUGUCACUAAUCGCCCCGAAGCUUGGGCACGGAAUCGCUAUCUGCCGCUCCCUGAACAAGUUUCCGCGAACACCUGCCGGGUUCUCGAGCGCUUCACAGGCAAGAUCGAGACAGCGAAAUUCUUCCGCCGUGCGGGAAACCGCCGCGAACUUCGGGAUGCUGAGUUUCUCAAGUUCGGCAAGGCGAAAGUCGAUGUAUCUGUCGUUCGUUACUUGCAGUCACUCGACAUCAACCACAUCCCCGCCGUCAUUACCGAGACGCAUGAGGGCUUCAAGACAUACGCGACUCUCGAAGAGGACAUCAAGAAGCAACAUCCGCGCGUGCGCUUCACAGUCGCCUCGAAGCUCCUGCGACGACUGUUCUCAGCCCUCGCCUUCUUGCAUUUCCACAAGAUCGUUCACGGAAACGUCACCAAAGAGGGUGUCUUACUUCGCCUAGGGGACUACAAGCCCGAAGCAGUGCUCUUAGUCGACUAUACAAGGGCAACGUCGUUUCCUGCUGGCAUGCCUGAACCUCUGGAGAAGAUGAUCGAGGACGGUCGCGCCGCGAUGGAGAUUGUCGAGAGCUGCUGCGAUAUCUGGCAACUGCGGAAGGCACCACCGAGAGAUGCCUUCGGCGAAGCCUUCAUGGCGAAGAAGACCGAGGUUGCUCGCCAAGAAUCCGCUCUCAUGGAGCGCGUCGUCGCCGACUUCUUCGGACCGAAAGGCAAAUCGCGGGAGUCUGAGAAGGGCAAGAAGAUGCUCAACUUGGUGCAAAAGAAGCGAGACGACUGGCAUUCUGCUCGAAACGCUCAGAUCCACAAUGCGACCCGCCGUGAGGUAGGGCUAUGCCGCUCUGAUAUGAUCAAAAAGAUGGAGCAUGACUGGUCGCUCCUGCAUCCAUUUCCAAAGAUCGGCGAAGAGCAGCAUGUGAUAUUGACUCUGGGACAUCCAUACCUAGACGGCCUGGCAACGAAACUCUACCACAAUCAAUGGGACCUGCCGCCGCGGGACGUGUGCACCAAAAUCCAACAACUUGCCGGCGAGGUGGAAGAAUCCUGGCAGACCUUCGCAGUCAAGCGAACAGUGCCAUUGACACAGGUCGAGGGUGGCUUCGAAGAGCGUUGCUUCCUGCACUGGCUAGCGAGCUGUUGCGAAGCCUACCCAGAGUGGCGUCACGCGAUUGUUGAGGAGUACGAGCGCCUCGUCGCACCCCAGCACGGAGUCAUUGUGUUCGCAGAUAUCAAGAAGCUUCGAGGUGCUCUUGCGGGUCUAGGUACCAUGCCGGGUGCCCUAAACGCCACAUUCGCGCGUUUGACGAGUGAGGAGAUCAAGACCCAGCCUACUCCAAACAUCGAAGAGAUGCACAAGGUUUGGUAUCACCUGCCCUCACGAAUGUUCAACCUUACCCAACUACAUCGCCUGGCAACUCCUGGUCGCCUUGUCGCCUGCAUCGAUGAGGGCGAUACAGAUUGUCAUGACUGGGUGGAGGUACGCGGAGAGCCCAAGCUAGAGGGUCAUUACAUUACCCUGUCCUUGUUGUCGGACUUUGCAAAGCAACUAGGUCUGACAGCGGAGGCCUAUUCUGAUACGCAAAACUUCCCUCCAUAUGAUCCAGCAGACUUCAGCCGGGUCAUACAGCGCGUCGUCCUUGCUCACACUGGCCUCCUUCCCUGGGCAUCUGUCACUCGCAAGGGCGCCCAGUUCAACUUCCAUGCACCCGCGAUUGCCCACGACUACGAGAGUGCUGGGGCGUUUCUAUCUACUUAUUUUGGCGGUAUGAAGAUGUUGCCCACGAUGCCACACGGUAGUGAGUCCUAUGAGCGCUCUGGUCACUGGUCAAACUUCAAAACUGGAAAGGAAAUCGAUGAGGCAAUGGAAGUGGACAAGCGACCCAUUCUGCCUGCGAAGGGUCAGUUGAACAAGUCGGCCUCGCAAUCGAUCAAGUCGCUUCAGGUUUUGUCGCCGCAUGUUGAUCGUGCUCGCCUCUCUCAGACGCUGGAGACUCGCAAGCGUGCUCGUGCUAGGGCUCGACCUCUAGGUAAACGCGAUGCAGACAAUGAAGUAUCGGGCACAUCCAUGCCGGCCGCAAAGCGUCCACAUCUUCCUUCCAGUAUUCACGACUCAGAUCAGCACAGUACACCACCAGCGGAGGAGCCCCGACCUACUAGCUCGUUGAUGGACAGUGAUCUAGACAAAACGAUUGCAAACCUGGAACGCCAAUUUUCAUCUCGUGAACCGCUCCCUCAAACCUCGCAUGCACCAGACACGUCGUUCUUCACACGAAACAACGGAGUAAACACCAACGUCCUUGUCAGUCCACCUGCUAUCUCAGCUAUUGAACAGGGAACGUUCACUGUCGUAUCCGACGACGAAGUCAACCUCGACGACGACUACAAGCAAGCAGAGGAGUGGCUGAAGCACAUGGAGGAAGACGAUGCGCCUCGAGAUUCCGGUAUCUUCGGUCUCAAUUUCCACCACACCUUCCGCGAGCAGGGUGAUGGACUGGAUGCUGAAGGAGACGAGUCAGAUGAUGAAGAUGGUGGUGGAGCGACGCCGGUUGCUAGUGACAAGGCGAAACAGAAGGACUCGCCGGCACCCAAGCUCAAAGACAAGAGCGCGUUUGCAGCCGGCUUGAAUGCGAUGGCGUCGAUGCGAGGUAUGAGCAAUGCACAGGCAGUAUCGCAGUCUUUUCCCAUGUUCCAAUCGACGCCCAAGCAGAGCAGUCCUCCUUUCGCUCGACCAGCUUUCCUGGCUACCCUCCGUGCUGAGUCUGGAGCUCACCGUCGCAACGAUAUCUCCAUCUCGGAUCUCGCCAACGUGAGCUUUCGGAUUGAUCCUGCGCGCUCAGAUCCUCCACCACCGGCAAUGGGUGUGAUGGGUUCUCAGCAAUCGCCGCCGCCGUCAGCCCAGCCACAGCGUGUUGAUGAUUCGUUUGCAUCUAACGUUUCUGGUCCGAACUGGAGGAUGACAGGAGAAUGCAAGGACAGUGAGGAAGAAGAGGAAGAAGAUGGAGAUCUGAAAGACUUUCAACCAGGCGAGCGGCUUAGUCAGGGUGAUUCACCAGGCACGCAACCGGGAGAGCCUUCUAGUCAGGAUGAGCCGCCAGCCACGGGACUAGGAGUUCACGUUAAUCAAGACGAAGAUCUGCCAGCCACGCAACCAGGACGAGAUAAUUCCGGCCAGUACGACGCUCUACAAGACGCACAGCCAGGAGAAUUGGUCGUUCCGCAUGCACUACCAGACACCCAACCAGGAGGUCAGUCCAGUAACGUAGCACAGCAUGCCGAUCAGGGCGAUGAUCCAUGGAGCCAGCCGCCAGUAGGGUGGGAUGGUCGGAGUCCCUACUCGUCGUUCUACCCUCCACCAUAG